AUGAAGGCUCUCCUCCUCCUCCUCCUCGCCCAGCUCUGCUCGGCAUCGCUGAUCCCCGAGAGGGAGAAGGACCCCGAGUACUGGCGGGGGCAGGCGCAGGAGACCCUGCGGGCCGCCCUGCGGCUCCAGCACCUCAACCAGAACGUGGCCAAGAACCUCAUCCUCUUCCUGGGUGACGGCAUGGGCGUCUCCACCGUCACGGCCGCCCGCAUCCUCAAAGGGCAGCUCCAAAACCGCAAAGGCGAGGAGAGCCUGCUGGAGAUGGACAAGUUCCCCUACGUCGCCUUGGCCAAGACCUACAACACCAACGCGCAGGUGCCCGACAGCGCGGGCACGGCCACCGCCUACCUCUGCGGCGUCAAAGCCAACGAGGGGACGGUGGGCGUCAGCGCCGGCGUCACCCGUGACCGCUGCAACACCACCAAGGGCCAAGAGGUGACCUCCAUCCUUCGCUGGGCCAAGGAUGGAGGCAAGGCGGUGGGCAUCGUCACCACCACGCGGGUGACCCACGCGACUCCCAGCGCCGCCUACGCCCACUCCGCCAACCGCGACUGGUACUCGGAUGGAGAGAUGCCCCCGGACGCGCUGGAGGGCGGCUGCAAGGACAUCGCCCGGCAGCUGGUGGAGAACAUCCCCGACAUCGAGGUGAUCUUGGGCGGCGGGCGGAAAUAUAUGUUCCCCAAAAACGCCAGCGACGUGGAGUAUCCCCACGAGGACAAACAUCGGGGUACCCGCCUGGACCGCAGGGACCUCGUCCAGGCGUGGCACGAUGCCAAGCCCCCCGGCAAGGUCGCCAAGUACGUGUGGCACCGGCGGGACCUGCUGGCGCUCAACCUCAGCCGCGUUGACUUCCUCCUGGGCCUCUUCGAGCCGGGUGACAUGGUGUACGAGCUGGAUAGGAAUAACGAGACGGAUCCUUCCCUCACCGAGAUGGUGGCUGUGGCCAUCAGGAUGCUCCAGAAAAAUCCCCGGGGGUUUUUCCUCCUGGUUGAAGGGGGCCGCAUCGACCACGGGCACCACGAGGGGAAGGCGAAGCAGGCGCUGCACGAGGCGGUGGAGCUGGAUCGGGCCAUCGGGCUGGCCACCCGCGUCACCUCGCCCCAGGACACCCUCAGCGUGGUCACCGCCGACCACUCGCACGUCUUCACCUUCGGCGGCUAUACCCCGCGCGGGAACCCCAUUUUCGGUCUGGCCCCCAUGCAGAGCGACGUGGACCGCAAACCCUUCACCUCCAUCCUCUACGGCAACGGUCCCGGCUAUAAAAUCGUGGCGGGUGAGCGAGAAAACGUCUCCGCCGUGGAUUUCGCGCACGCCAACUACCAAGCGCAAUCGGCCGUGCCGCUGCGCCAGGAGACCCACGGCGGCGAGGACGUGGCCGUUUUCGCCCGCGGCCCCAUGGCCCACCUCCUCCACGGGGUCCACGAGCAAAAUUACAUCCCCCACGCCAUGGCUUACGCCGCCUGCAUCGGCUCCAACCGAGCCCACUGCAACGCCGCCGGCCGCCCUGCCGCCGCUGCCUCCGUCCUCCUGCCCUUCCUCGCCCUCCUCUUCCUCCUCUGCUAA